ACCUUCUGCUCUGCUUUUCCGCCACGCUACGCGCACCGGGAGGGAGCCGGAACAGAACUUGGCGUGCGUUGCCUCAUUUGUCCGCAACGGUGCGCACGCGGGGAGGGUAUCCACAACAGACUUCUGGGCGCGCGCGAGAGAGCGAGAAGACCACCAUAAUCUGCUGUGGGAGAGAUACUUUGUAGUUUGGCGGGGGGGGCGGACCAUCUCCUUCAUUUUUCCGCCACGCUACGCACACCGGGAGGGAGCCAGGGUAACAUCAACAGACUUCCGGGCGCGCGCGAAAAAAUCCUUGUGUGUGACGCCGAAUACCACCCCCUUCCCCCUACUGCAACAACAAAUAGAAAAUCUACAGUUCCACCAUGGCCACGCGAGGUGACGCUGUUCAGGCCACGCGUGAAGGGGUGAGAUUUACGGCUUUGACCGUAGUACAGUCGUUUGCGGAGGGAGCCAUCGAGAUCGGUGCCUCCGCGCCGGUGGUGGCUCCACUAUGCACCGCUCUGCUGAAGGCCAAGGGUGUCGUGGAUGCGGCCAGCCGCAACAAGGAGGAGCUCGAGGAGCUGCAUGAGAGAUGCGAGAUGAUCACGAUACAGGUGAUCGACAAGGCCAAGGCUUCGAAGACAUCGACGAUUGACGUGAAACCCCUCCAGGAGUGCGUCGACAAGCUCAAGGAGGUGGCCGAACGCUACCAUGACCGAGGGCGCUUGGCCAGGCUGGCGCAAUUUCGCAGAGACGGCGAGGACAUCCAGAGGCUUCGCAAACGCAUCGAGGACGUCGUUCCGAUCAUGGGACUCUCGGGUGUGGUGAACAACGGGGAGAAACUGGAUCAGAUUCUGGCUCGUCUGCAGCCAGGACCCAAGCUAGCACCGGUGCCGAAAAAGGCUCCUUUCACCAAGUCAUUUCACGUUGUGCGCGAUGGGGUGGUGGACAGAGUGUGCAAGAUCCUCGGUGGCGACGGAGGGCCAGCGAUGGCGGCACUGACGGGGGGGAGCGGGGCGGGCAAAACCACCUCCGCCGCUGCCAUGGUGGGUGAGCGAGGUGAUCGCGUGAGGGCGCUAUUUCCCGACGGCGUGGUGUGGCUUUGGGUGGGCCGGGAGGCAGGGACCGCAGACCGCUUACCCAGUCUGAUGUCCAAUCUAGCCAAGAGACUCCACGAGGACGUGAUGAAAGGGGCCGUCGAUGCUCCAACGGGCGAUGACGGCGUGAGCUACGUCAGGAAGAUCGUGUCACAGGAGAAGUUGCGGUGCCUUGUGGUGGCCGACGAUGUGUGGGAGGCGUCAGUGGUCCAGAAGCUGAGAGAGACGGGCAUGUGGGUGCUCCUGACCACCCGAUUCCCAGAGAUGGGGGAACCCGAGGAGAGGGUGGUCAUGGACACACUGAUACCGGCCGAGGCGGAGGAUGUUCUUCGCGGUGCAGCUGAGCUGCCGCUCGGUGAACGUUUGUGCGACGCCUCGAUGAAAGUCCUCGAGAUCUGUGGUCGUGUGGCGAUGGACACCGCAUUCGUGGGGAGCUGGACCUCUGUGCGUACCACUAAUGGCGUACCCAAGAGCAACAAGGCGUGGGAACGUACUGUGGAAGAACUCACGGCCCAGAUCGACCACGUUCGGGGUCAGAUGAAAGUCGGGAAUACUGGCGAGGAUAACGAUCGCGCCAUCAACAGACUUGCGGUUCUGCGCGCCGGCUUCAAAUACAUUGGAAGGGAAGACCCUCUGGCCCAAGAGCUGUAUGUAAAGCUCGCGGUGUUCCCCGAAGGCUUUUUGUUCGGCGAAUCGGACGCAGCGGUGCUUCUGGAAAACGAAGAAGUAGCGAAAGGACCGAUAUCGAUCUUGGAGCGAUGGGGUGUUCUUCGAACCGAUGCAUCAGAAAAGUACCGCACACACGACGCCCACGCGGACUUUGCGAGAAAGAAGCUCAUGGAUAGGAAUGAUUUACGCGAGCCAGCCGUGGAAAGGUGGACUGAACACAUUUCUCGUUUGGACUUUGCGGUUGGCGUCGAGAUAUUCGUUCUGCUACCCAUGUGGCGGGCGUUGGAGGAGGUGGGGGGAAAGGGGUGGUGGGCACUUCGGCCGUACGACGAUCAGCUUAUUCAAAUGGUCACCUCGAAUCCUGCGACGAGUUAUGCGACGAGUGGUGCUGUUGGAGUUGUCAUGAAUUUAUACCGUGGCGCUCGAAAGCUUGGCGAACUAGCAGAAAUCAUGAAGAGGGUGGAACCGCUGUUUCGGCGAGCGCUGGAGAUCGAGGAGGCCACAUUGGGGCCCGACGAUAUACAAGUUGCCGUGACGCUACAAGAGCUGGGUCUGUGUAUGCGGGAGACGGGGCGGCCGGGGGAAGCGGAAACAUUGUUUAGGCGAGUGCUGGAGAUCCAGGAGGCCAAGCUGGGGGCCGACGAUGUGGGGGUUGCCUGGACGCUGCACGAGCUGGGUCUGUGUGUGCGGGAGGCGGGGCGGCCGGGGGAGGCGGAGUCGUUGUUGAGGCGAACGCGGGAGAUCUAUGAGGCCAAGUUGGGGCCCGACGAUGUCCGAUGUGCCAUGACGCUGCACGGGCUGGGUGGGUGUGUGCGGGAGGCGGGGCGGCCGGGGGAGGCGGAAGGGUUGUUUAGGCGAGCGCUGGAGAUCUUAGAGGCGAAGCUGGGAGCCGACGAUCUACAGGUUGCCGUGACGCUGCAAGCGCUGGGUGGGUGUGUGCGGGAGACCGGGCGGCCCGGGGAGGCGAAAGUCAUUUUUAAGCGACUGCUCAAGAUCGUGGAGGCAAAGUUGGGGGCCGACGAUCUCCAAGUUGCCUCGACGUUGCACGAGAUAGGCCUGUGUGUGUGGGAGGCGGGGGCGCCGGGGGAGGCGGAAGCGUUGUAUAGGCGAGCGCUUGAGAUCAGGGAGGACAAGUUGGGGCCCGACGAUCUGCAGGUUGCCGACACGUUGUACGCGAUGGGCCUGUGUGUGCGGGAGGCGGGGCGGCCGGGGGAGGCGGAAGCGUUGUAUAAGCGAGCGAUGGAGAUCCGGGAGGGCAAGUUGGGGGCCGAAGAUGUGAAUGUUGCCGUGACGCUGCACGGGCUGGGGCUUUGUGUGCGGCAGGCGGGGCGGCCUGGGGAAGCGGAAGACUUGUUUAGGCGAGCGCUGGAGAUCAGGGAGGACAAGCUGGGGCCCGACGAUGUCAAUGUUGCCGCGACGCUGGGCGAGCUGGGCAUGUGUGUGCGGGAGGCGGGGCGGCCGGGGGAGGCGGAACCGUUGUUUAGGCGAGCGCUGGAGAUCAAGCAGGCCAAGUUGGGAGCUGACGAUGUGGGGGUUGCCUGGACGCUGCACGAUUUGGCUGUGUGUGUGCGGGAGGCGGGGCGGCGUGGGGAAGCGGAAGCGUUACUGAGGCGAGCGCUUGAGAUCAGGGAGGACAAGUUGGGCCCCGACGAAGUCAGUGUUGCCGUGGCGCUGGUCGAGCUAGGUCGGUGUGUGCGGCAGGCGGGGCGGCCGGCGGAGGCGGAAGAGUUGCUUUGGCGAGCGCUGGACAUCUUAGAGGCGAAGCUGGGGUCCGACGAUCUGCAGGUUGCCGUGACGCUGCAAGAGCUGGGUCUGUGUGUGCAUGAGGUGGGGCGGCCGGGGGAGGCGGAAGCGUUGUUUAGGCGAGCGCUGGAAAUCAGGGAGGGUAAGUUGGGGGCCGAAGAUGUGAAUGUUGCCGUGACGCUGCACGGGCUGGGGCUUUGUGUGCGGCAGGCGGGGCGGCCUGGGGAAGCGGAAGACUUGUUUAGGCGAGCGCUGGAGAUCAGGGAGGACAAGUUGGGGGCCGACGAUGUCAAUGUUGCCACGACGUUGUACGCGAUAGGCCUGUGUGUGCGGGAGGCGCGGCGGCCGGGGGAGGCGGAACCGUUGUUUAGGCGAGCGCUGGAGAUCAAGCAGGCGAAGUUGGGAGCUGACGAUGUGGGGGUUGCCUGGACGCUGCACGAUUUGGCUGUGUGUGUGCGGGAGGCGGGGCGGCCGGGGGAGGCGGAACCGUUGUUUAGGCGAGCGCUGGAGAUCAAGCAGGCGAAGUUGGGAGCUGACGAUGUGGGGGUUGCCUGGACGCUGCACGAUUUGGCUGUGUGUGUGCGGGAGGCGGGGCGGCCGGGGGAGGCGGAACCGUUGUUUAGGCGGGCGAUGGAGAUCUUAGAGGCCAAGUUGGGGCCCGACGAUUUACAGGUUACCUACACGCUGCAUGAGCUGGGUCUUUGUGUGCGGGAGGCGGGGCGGCCGGGGGAGGCGCAAGCGUUGCUGAGGCGAGCGCUUGAGAUCAGGGAGGACAAGCUGGGGCCCGACGAUGUCAAUGUUGCCGCGACGCUGGGCGAGCUGGGCAUUUGUGUGCGAGAGGCGGGGCGGCCGGGGGAGGCGCAAGCGUUGCUGAGGCGAGCGCUUGAGAUCAGGGAGGACAAGCUGGGGCCCGACGAUGUCAAUGUUGCCGCGACGCUGGGCGAGCUGGGCAUUUGUGUGCGAGAGGCGGGACGGCCGGGGGAGGCGGAACCGUUGUUUAGGCGAGCGCUAGAGAUCAAGGAGGCCAGGUUGGGGGCCGACGAUGUCAAGGUUGCCACGACGCUGCACGCGCUGGGCCUGUGUGUGCGGGAGGCGGGGCGGCCGGGGGAGGCGGAACCGUUGUUUAGGCGAGCGCUAGAGAUCAAGGAGGCCAGGUUGGGGGCUGACGAUGUGGGGGUUGCCUACACGCUGCAAGAGCUGGGUCAGUGUGUUCGGAAGGAGGGGCGAUUUAAGGAGGCGGAAGGCUUGUUUAGGCGAGUAAUGGGGAUCAGGGAGGCCCAGUUGGGACCCGACAAUCUACAGGUUGCCGUGGCGCUGGUCGAGCUAGGUCUGUGUGUGCGGCAGGCGGGGCGGCCGGGGGAGGCGGAAGCGUUGUUUAGGCGAGCGCUGAAGAUCCUGGAGGCCAAGCUGGGGCCCGACGAUCUGCAGGUUGCCGUGACGCUGCGAGAGCUGGGUCUGUGUGUGCAUGAGGCGGGGCGGCCGGGGGAUGCGGAACCGUUGUUUCAGAGAGCGCUUGACAUCAAGGAGGUCAAGUUGGGGCCCGAUGAUGUGGAGGUUGCCAACACGCUGUACGCGAUGGGUAAGGUUGUGCGGGAGGCGGGGCGGCCGGGGGAUGCGGCACCGUUGUUUCAGAGAGCGCUCAAGAUCUUUCAAUCCAGGUUGGGGGCCGACGAUCACCAAGUUGGUUGGACGCUGCAAGCGCUCACGAUCGACGAGGCAAAAUGGGGGCCCGACGAUGCCGAAGUUGCUUACACACUGCACGAGAUGGGGCUGAGUGUACGGGAGGCUGGGCGGCUGGGAGAGGCGGAAAGACUGUUCAAGCGAGCGCUCAAGAUCCGUCAAGCCAAGUUGGCACCCGACGAUCCACAAGUGGCCGUGACGCUGCACGCGAUGGGUGGUUGCGUUCGGGAGGCAGGGCGGCCGAGGGAGGCAGAAGAGUUGUUCAGACGGGCGCUGGAGAUCAAGGAGGCCAAGUUGGGGGCCGACCAUGUGGAUGUUGCCGAGAUACGACUAGAGUUGGGUGGGUGUGCCGAGGACUUACACGGUAAAUAGUGCGCACUCCAUGUUUUCCUUAUUUUUUUGGCUUGUGGUGAUGCUUUUGCAAAGGAGUUAGUUUUUCGACAUGGGUUUCAUCCAGUACGGUGUUUGUUCUCUCACGUCCAAAU